AAUGAAUAUAUAAAUGCAUAAAUCGAUCAUAUAAUUCAUUUAUUCACUUUGUUAUGAAGAAAUAGACACACUAGUUUUAGGGAAUAAAAACGAAAUUUAAAAAAAAAUCACUAAAGAUAUUUAUAUCGGCCACGCAGGAGCUGUAAGCAGCUUGGGUUGUUGGAAGAUUUAGUUUGCAAUUUCAAUCUUGAAACUCCACUGAUUUCCGCGGAUUUUACGAAAUUUGUAACAUUUGAUAUUGUGUUUCAUCAUUGAAAACUGUGCUUUUUGCAAAAAUGGUGACCCCACACAAGAUUUCACUUCUGAUUUUGAUUUAUGAAUAUUCGAAUUAUGGGAAAUCGGCUAAACUGUCUGGAAGGAAAAAGUGGAAUCCCCGGGUCUCGCGUAAUUUUGCAAGGUCUGUGCUGGAAUGGAUUCAGGGGUCUGACAUGGAAUAUGAUGAGUUUAUUACCAAGAUAAGGGACAUUCAUCCAGAGUUGGAAACAGCCUUCAAAGAAUGCUUGCGAGAGACCACAACUAGCAGCCUUUCAUCGAUGGAUGAAUUCUUCUCCUCACUCAACAAGCUUCUAGACAGCUCCAACGGGGAAGCGCCAGUCCAUAGACAAAGCAUCAUAGGCAUGUUCCUGCGUCGUAUGGUGCUGACGUAUGACAAGCUGUCCUUCAGUCAAACCAUGCGGCUCUACUCCUCCCUCCAGAAAUACACCACCAGCGACGCCCCCUCCCUGGAGGAGUCUACCGCCACCACCAUGGGACAAGGAGGGGACGGGAGCACCGUGGACAGCUUGGAAGACGGUAUCAGUGAGGUAGACAUGGACGUGAGCAUGGAGACGGACGGCACGCAGAUGACAAGGAGAGAGCUGGAAGGGACCGGUUUCGGCAAUCCCCAUGAAUCACAUAUUAACCUUCCAUCUGAGAAGACCUACACCCAUCGGCAAGCGGAACAUUUCAUCACUCAACAAGCCAACUUUCUACAGAACGACGAGUCCAAGGCACUACCCCCUGAUGUUCUUCAGAAACAGAUCAAUGAACUUGCUCUCAAAAACCCUGAUCUUGCAGAAACGUAUUAUCUAUCCUACCUCAACUGUCUCCGGAUCAAAGAGUUUUGCGGUGCCGUUCACAACCUCCACUGCUACUUUGAUCACAUGAUGCCCCAGGUCAAAGGUGACUCCAACAGCAACAACAACGAUCAGGAGCAAGUGCGGCAGAACUUCCGUUAUGCUGCCCUCAAUCUUGCGGGGCUGCACUGCCGACUCGGUCACAAAGAGGAGGCCAUGUUGGUUCUAAAGGAGGCCAUACGUGUGGCUCACCAAGCUAAUGAUAACGUAUGUCUCCAGCAUGCACUGGGUUGGUUGUAUCGACUGGAGCAGAAGCAAGGCCUGGACGUAUCUGAUAUCCUAGAUCAUUCCAUCGCCAAGUCAGCUGAACUCCAUCUUCCUUACCUGACGUGCCUAGACAUGCAAAACCAUACAAAGAAUCAAGCUCUACAUGGUGUCGAGCCCUCAAGUGUAUUUUACUUCCUGGCUCGGACAGAUGCAGUCAACUGCCAGCACAACCAGCCCCAACUGGUUUCAACCAGUUUAGCCCAGCAAUCAGCUCUCUGGUUCAUGUAUGGACACAGAAUCAUGUCAUCUCUGAGUGACCAGCUCCUGCUGAACAUGUUCUCCACCCGGAGCCCCAACAACAGCGUUGCUGUGGACAGUGAGUCCUUCUGCCUAGCGGUCUGCAACCAGGCGAGGCAGCAGGCCGAUAGAGGGCAGUUCUCCAUAGCCACAGAUAUCCUCAAGUUUGCUAAGACCAGGUUUCCUCCAAUGACAUCUCAUGCCAAGAUAUGGCAGCAUUGUGAACAUGAGAUUGCAUUCCAGAGGGCGCUAUUUCACAUGGACUGGGCAUCGGCACAAGAGGCUAUCAAUAAUCUUGCUGCAAUAGACGAUGUAGCGUUGGAUCUUAGAAGAGCAGUCCUUCAGGUGUGUAAAGGAGAACGCACCCAGGCUCUGGAAAAGCUUCGCCUCCUCAUCACAAAAUGCAAGGAGAAGAAGGAUGGGUUCACACCAGAAAUUCAUGCAAGAUCUCUGUUGGUCGUGUCCCAAAUCCACAUCCUAUCAGAGGAAACCAUCAAGAGUAUCAGCAACCUCCAAGAAGCCUGGUCCAUCUGCCAUCAUCAUCAUCUCACGUACCUUGCUGCCAUGGCAACGGCUCAUCUUGCCCAAACACAGAUUUUGAUGUCCAUGCCUAACCAUGCCCUGGUCCUGCUAAACAGCAUCCUACCAACCAUCUUGACCAGUGGGUCUCUCUAUGACCGAUGGUGUGUCCAGUUCCUACUGGCCAGAUGCCAAUGCCACAUAGCAUGUGAUGGCAACCAGGAACCAACCCAGAGAAAAACUUUAUUGUUGUCGGCUGUCCAGCUUUUGAAUCAGGUCUCGGAGGGCUUCAAAACUCUAGGAGUGGAGUACAAGAUCAAGGACAUUGCAUACCUUCAGGCUCACAUCUACAAUGAACUAGGCUACACGGCUGAGAGAAACAAGAGCGCCCUCCUCUUCAGAGACUUGGACCAGCAGUACUCCAUCUUCCAAAUACCUCCCUUCCAGAUCCUCUGGCCAGUUAUUUAAAGCCCCACUGGACUACUUGUAGCUCCCUCUAUAUAGAAAACAUUGCCCAAUCGGUGACCAUUGGUCCCCCAUGAUCCUCUUUUUCUUAUGUCAAUUGAGAGCUGAGUUGAUGAGAUAGCCACCUGGCAAUGACCUUCCUGGGUGGUCUAAUCCCUCCUAGCCAAACUAGUACAGACAGCCUUUAACCUGAAAGGUAUGAAAAACUGGUCAAUGAGAAUACAUGGAAGUGUCAAGGAUUAGUGGUUCAAUCGCUUGUCUCUCAAUCCAAGGGUGAGAGGUUUGAAUCUCAGCACAGUACUGAGGUCCUUUGACGAGACUUUGAUCCACAUGUGCCACUCUCCACCCAGGUGUUAAUGGGAACCUGUCAAUUGCUGGGGUAAUGAUAAUUGCAGGGCCCUCAGGAGGAGUAGCAUUGAAGCUGACGAGGCUUCCCUCAAACCCUGGGUAAACACUAUUUCUUAGCAGGGGGGUGCACAAAUGAAACUUCAAACAUUUCAAAUGACAACUUGGGAGGAGCAUGAACUGAUGAUCGUGAAGUCCCUUGCAGCCUCCGUGUAGCUGUGGGGUUCUUAGAUGCACUUUGAUGCAAACUGAGCUAUCAUAUUUUGAUUUAUUUUCAACGAAAUAUAAUGGCUAUAUACCGGUAUCUCGUAAAUAAAUAAUUUUGUAGAGAUUAUUAAUCUGAUUUUCAAAGCUGUAUCAAAAUUCAAACCUGUCACAGGUACGCCCCCAUUGGACCGCUCUGUGCAAUUUUUUUUGGUCAGCAAAGAGUUUUGAAAUGACAUUUUAUGGAGUUAAAUGUAACAUUUACUACAGAUGAAACACUCCAGGCAGGUUCAAAGCUAAUUUCUCUUGAUUUGUAGUUCAUUUACAUGAGUUACCAUCAUCUUGUU